AUGCCAAUAAAAUCCGAGCACCCCGAUGUCCCCAUCGUCAAUCAGCCCUUCUACUCGCGAGUGAUCGCCAAGAUUACGGAGCACCACCUCGCCAGCCCGGGCCGGGCGGCUUUCAUCAAUGCCGAGAAUCCCUCUGAUCGGGUCACCUGGCUUCAACUGCUCGACUUCUCCUCCUCCCUGGCCAACUUCUUUAGGCAGCGCGGCUUUGGGAAGGAGCAAGUCUGCUGUCUGGUCCUACCCAACUGUUGGCAGUAUGCCGUCGGAUUCCUCGGCGCCACCCUGGCAGGAGGAGCCAUUUCUGGCGCCAGCGCCAUGUUCACCGACUACGAGCUGGGCCGUCAAUUCACCGAUUCGCAAGCCACCUGUGUCAUCACCGACGAGACGCAUCUUGGUCGUGUCCUCACCGCCGUCGCCUCUGCUCCAAAGAUCCAGACGAUCAUCUGCAUCCGAUCGUCUUCGAACCCACUUCCCCAGGGCGUUCAGGACUUCAAGCAAUGCGUGUCGGGGAGCACGAAAUUUGUUCCGGAUGAGAGGAGCUUUAGCCCUGACAACCUGCUCCUCCUGCCCUACUCUAGCGGAACCACCGGGUCCCCGAAGGGAGUCAUGCUCACCCACCGGAAUUUUGGGACGAUGACCGACGUCGUGAUGAGCAACUUCUACAACGUCAUUUAUCCGGACGUGUUGCCCGACUAUGUGCCGGCCAAGGAAAACACCCUUCUGCUCCUGCCCUUCUACCACAUCUAUGGGUUUGGGAUGUUGAUGAGGAGUCUUUUUGAGGGGACGACUGGCAUUAUUUUUGGCAAAUUUGACCCGGUGUUGCUUUGCGAGAAGAUUCAGGAGCAUAAGGUCCAACAGCUCUUCGUAGUGCCGCCGAUCGUAAUUUUCCUCGCCAAGCAUCCGGUUGUCGCCAAAUAUGAUAUUUCUUCGAUAAGGAUGAUGUUCUCCGGGGCGGCACCAUGCGGCAAGGACAUCAUCGACGAGCUGAUGAAUAAGCAUAAGCAUAUUCGAUUCUUCGGGCAGGGCUACGGCAUGACAGAGUGCGGAAUGGUGUCCCACCUCCCUGUGCCCCGCGCAAAGUCGACGAUCUCGGCCGGACGGUUGGCGGCUAAUUUUGAGCAAAUGAUAAUCGACCUGAAAAGCGGCAAAGAGUGCAAGCGAGGGGAACGCGGCGAGAUCUGGGUCAAAGGACCAACGGUGAUGAAAGGGUACUUGAACCGUACGGAAGCGACCGCCGAAACCAUCGACAAAGACCAGUGGCUACACACAGGCGACAUCGGCUACCUGGACAAGGACGGGAAUCUUUUUGUUGUUGAUCGACUGAAGGAGUUGAUAAAAGUCAAGGGAUUGCAGGUCCCGCCCGCCGAGCUCGAAGAUCUUCUCCUGUCCCACCCUAGAGUACGCGACGCUGCUGUUAUCGGAAUUCCGGACUCGAGAACGGGUGAAGCCCCAAAAGCCUUCAUCGUCGCCGCCGACGACAAACUGAAAGCCCAGGAUAUCGUAAAUUUUGUGAAGCAAAAAGUCUCUUCCUACAAACAAUUAACCGGCGGUGUGGAGUUUGUCGACGAGAUUCCGAAGGCGCCAUCUGGAAAAAUUCUGCGCCGAUUGCUACGCGAUGCCGAGCAGCAAAAGAUGAAAUCCAAGCUU